AUGCUACUAUCCGUGACCUUCCCUCUUGAUAUGGAACUGAAACCCUGUCACUUCUCAGAUGACAACAAUAGUUCAUCAGAUAGGUUAUCUGUCGAAGUCAAGGGCGAUUUCAAUGACGACCUUUCUGAUUCUGGCCAAGUGGACUCGGAGGACGAAGAAGCCAAUAUCGAGUAUGGCGAUUAUGCCACAAUAUACCGCGCAGUCAUUCGUGAUGCCGAUGGUACUUCCACUAAUGUCGUGUUGAAGUGCUCCCAUAAGAACACACAAUCCGACCUUAUUCAAGAAGCGGUGUUCUACCUCAACCAGUUGAAACCUCUUCAAGGCAUUGUCGUGCCCAAGUUCUACGGUCUCUUUCAUGGCAUAGGCCCCGAUGACCUCGAAAUAGUAUGCAUUUUGCUUGAGGAUUGUGGGAAGAGUGUGGCAGUUCACUUCAAGGAACUUUCGCUCCGAGACAGGUGUGUUGCAUUGUGA